AUGUUGGGCGCGGGGGGCCGGCGGCCCCACGGCGGGGUGGCGUGCUGGGCGAACAUGUCCAUCCCCCUCGCCGCCCGACCGCCCCCCCUGCUGACGGACAGGCCGCGUGUCUGGCCGGUAGCCGACCUGCUUGCCCCCGAUGGGGUAGAGGCAGAGACGCAAACAGACAAGGCGGCCGACGCAGCCCCCGCCUCGAAGGAUGAAAGAGACGGUGUUUUUUCGUAUAUAGACUUCGCACUCGUCCCCGCGCGGCGCGACGCGGUGGUGGCGCUGUGGCCCUCGCCGUCCUCCUCUGAUGAUGACGAUGACGGUGCUGCUACAGUGUCGUUUUACCUCUUCGGUGGUCGGAGUCCGCCGCUCUCGCGCAGCGAUCGCGGUGCGGCGGCGACGGAGGUGUUCAAAGCUACCUUUUACGCCUGCUCCGAGAGCGGCACGCCGCAAGAAGACGCCGACGUGUCCGCAGCUUCCCCCAAGCUCUUAGGCCUCUCCUAUACACGCGUCAUACACCCCCGCCAACACGAAGAGACCGCCACAAGCGGCAUGGCAGGUCAGGUGAACACGGCCCCCGCCGACAGCAUUAGUACAGCUGAAAGGAUUCAAAUGACGCCAGCCGCCGCGGCGGACGCGGCGGCGAUCCCAAACAACAACGGCAGCACCUGCGUCGCUGUCAACGGUUACACCCCGCUGUGGUACAACAUAUCUUUUUCCGUGCUGCUCUCCCACGUGGAGACGGAGCGGGCGUGUCCGGGGAUUUCGCAAAGCAGUGACGCACCCGCUUCGUUUUCGGCGUGUUCGCUGAUGCUGUCCGCCUCUCCGCAGUGUGAUGAGCCGAUUGUGGAGCUCCGUCACCUGAGUCCGCGCAACGCUCGUGUGGUAACAGUCCCUGUGCACAACGAGGUGGGAGACGUGACGGGCACGCAGAGGGCGUUUGCCGUAGCGCAGACGCUGUUGAUAGGAUCCCUGGAGCACGGACUUAUGCGUGUCAUGGCGGCCGGCGAAGAGGGCAGAAGCAUCGGCAGUAGCAUCCGCAAUGCUAGCGAUAAUUACAACGGCACGCUGUGGAAGACUGUUGCUUACCGACCAGUGCGGCUGCGCGCUGCUUCUCGCCAAGUACAUCGCCAGCGUUCUCCAUCGCAUGACGACCAGGAUGGAGAUGUGCCACAAAGUGGUCAUCUACUGUAUUACCCACAGGACUUCGUCCACGUGUGCCUCUCACUCCGGCCCGGCGUCAUCGCGAGCUGCGGGGCUUCUCAUCAGCGACGGCGCAGCGAGUUAUUUUCUGCUUCACUUACUACUACUACUACUACUACUACUACUAUUAAAACGGUGCCGAAGGCGGAUGGUAACGGUACGAGAGAAGUCAAAGCGGACCGCUAUCGCGCUGCGGCCUGCAGCACGCGCUUCUACGAAACCCUCUCCCCACAUCAGCCCUUCGUACUAUCGCCAGAACUUCCGUGCUGCAGCGAGAAGGACAGCAGCAGUGGCGGCAGCGGAAGAGGUGGCGACGAUGAUGACGCUAGCCCGCUCAUCCCAACGCCGCACCGCCUCCUGCGCUCGUGGAUGCUGCUCACGACCCUCAUUGUCCUCCUGGUGAUGAUCGUCGGGUACAUCGUCGUCACCUUCGUCGUAAUGCCGGGAUAUGUCCGUCACCGCACACGGCGGCACGACGUCGCGUUCAUGGACACGCCCGAUCCGGAUCAGCAACGCAGCCUAGUCCCGUACCGGGAGGCGCGUAUAUUCUUAGGCGUCGACGGAGGCUUUGGUGCGGGGGGAACAGUCGGUUUUGCCGGCGGAGCUGGCGGCAUCGCCGGUGGUGAGUGCAACUAUAUGGACGAUGACCUUCCUGAGGAGUACGAAACGGCGCUGAACGCGGCGGGGGUGGGCGGCGGGGGCCUGGCGGGCUUCGGUGCGGCGUGGGACUCCGCCGUCAUCGCCACACCGCCGCAGCAACGGCGUCGUCUGCUGGAUGGCAAGUACGAGGUGAUCCGCAAGCUUGGCAAAGGCAGCUUUUCGGUUGUGUACUUAGUUCGCCGCAUCACCGACAACACCACCUACGCGUUGAAGUACGUGCAGUGCAGCGAUGACGUGGAUCGGCAUGAGGCGAUGAAGGAGUGUGAGGUCGUGUACGCGCUGCAGGGGCACCCGAAUGUGAUUCAACUCUUUGAUAUGUUUAUGUCGUACCGGUUUGACCGACACAUGGUGACCGUGCCGCGCUCGCGACGGAGUAGGGGUGCGGCUGACACGGUACGUGUCACAGGUGAGAAAGAGAAGCAGAAGACGUCGAAGAAAGAAGGAGGUGGCAAUCCGCAACAACCGCAGCAGGAGGAGGCAGCGAGGAGCGCAGGCGUAGAUGAGGAGGCAGGCGCGGAGGCCAACGCAGCAGGCAACCGUGGUAACUCACCCUGCCUCCUUCCGUCGCCUCCCUCAGCUUCCUCGGCGACGACUAUCACUUCGACUACUCCUCGCGCGGAAGCUUCGCCACACGACGCUUCCACAGCGGCAGCAACGGAGGCGGCAGCACGCGGCAACAGCAUCGACAACAGCAAACCGACGCUACGUUGUGAAAGGCAAGGGCGUGAGUACAGCCGCAGUGCCGCUACCAACGACAACGCUGAACGAACAGGGUUCACCUCCGCCGUUGGACCAGUCGUCGUCGCAGCAGCGCAGCAGUCAUCGUUGCACGGCGCAUUCUCCUCCACGUCAACCUUUGCGGAGACCUCCGCCACAUCCCUGCCGGUUGUGCACCUGGACAGCACGUACUUUGACGCCGUGACGGCCGGAGUGUUGAGGGACGAUAAUACGGAGAGUUCCACCACACCUCCACCGCAGCGCCAGCAACAACAGCGGACAGAGAGCGCGACGGCAGCGGACACGCAGGCCGCUACGGACGCCGUCGCUCCACAUCAUCAUCAUCAUCGUGGUCUUUCCUCCCUGCAGGCGGAGCGUUACCUCAGCCUCGUCAUGGCCUACCACGAGCGCGGCGAUCUCGCGCGAUGGGUGCGGCAGCGCAGGGCGUUGCAGCCCUUCAUUCCCGAGGCAACCGUGGUCAGCAUCGCUUUCCAGGUUCUAUCGCUGCUAUCGUACAUGCACCAUCGUCAUCAACCCCCCAUCAUCCACCGUGACCUGAAGCCGGAGAAUAUUUUGCUGUCAACGCACGUGCACUACGAGAACGUGAACGAGGACUUUCUGCCGAUUGUCGUGACAGACUUCGGACUAUCACGGGUGAUGGACAAGACGUUCUGCGAGACAGGGGUGGGCUCGCUGCCCUACGUGGCACCGGAGUGCUGGCAGCGGCGCUACUCCGCCAAGGUCGACAUUUGGGCCCUCGGCUGCGUUCUCUACGCCGUCUGCGCCAAACGGGUAGACAGCAGCAACGUCAAGGUGAUGUUCAGCGAGUGCGCUCAGCCCGACUUUCACGCGCAGCUGCGGCACGAGCUGGAGAGCAUCUACGGCUACAGUGAUGCGCUUGCGUGGUUCAUUACCGCUCUGCUGGCGGUGAAGCCGGAUGAUCGACCCAGCGCGGUGGAGGCCCUCGGCAUGCUGCGACGGCACCCGACGAACGAGGAAGGGGAACCGCUGUUUCAGCGGGCCCCACUUGCCGCCUUGCUUCGAGCUGCACCUCCACAGCAACCCGAGGAGCAAGAAGAAAACGAUGGCGGAGUCCGUAGUGGUGUUGUGGAUCUUGUUGAUCAUGCAUCGCAACAAUCCUCGCCGUAUCAACGGCGUGCAACGACUCGUGAAGGACCAGCGCCGCUGCCCGCCAUGCACGUCGCCUCCGCUCGUCCGGCGUCCUUCGUGUCCACACCUACGCCGUCUGACUGGGAAGCCGCGAACGCCGCACCGGUGGAAGACGCGGAGGCGGCGGUCCCCUUCGCCUCUGCGGUCUCACAAACUCCUCAGCAACAACCGCAGCGACAACGAAAUCACCAGCGCGAAUGUGAAAGUGAUAGUACCGGCUUUCUCGCCGCGACGGCGCGUGCGCAUGAAGGUCAGCCAACGGACGGCCCACGCAAAGCACCUCAGCAGGAAAGCGAAGAAGACAAGAGCGGAGAGGGCGUGCGUAGUGCCGUCGUCGUCGUGUCGUCGUUAUCGCUGUCCGGUCCGCCGUCUACUCGGGUCGCCAGCACGCAGCCGCCGCACAGCGCGCAACGGACGCAGUGGCGCAGCGCUGAUGACCACCCCGAGGAUGAAGAACAAGGAAAGGAAGACGCGCUGUGA